CCAGCCUGUGCGGCGGCCGCCUUCGGAGCGCAGAGUCCAGCCGCGGCAACCGCUCGGAGCUCUCCCGGGAACGCGGAACGAGGAGGGCAGUGGGGUAGGCGAGCGGGCCGGAAGCCGGAGCUGACUAGGAGGCGGCAGCAGCGGCGCGGCGGACCCGGGGAGACCCGGUCAACGCUCCUGAAAACUUAGGCGCGCACUCGCGACACUGCGCCCGCGGCCGGAGCGAUGAAGAUGGUAGCGCCCUGGACGAGGUUCUACUCCAACAGCUGCUGCCUGUGCUGCCAUGUCCGCACUGGCACCAUCCUGCUUGGCGUCUGGUACCUGAUCAUCAAUGCUGUGGUACUGCUGAUUUUAUUGAGCGCCCUGGCUGACCCAGAUCAGCAACACUUUUCAAGUUCUGAACUGGGAGGUGACUUUGAGUUCAUGGAUGAUGCCAACAUGUGCAUCGCUAUUGCAAUUUCUUUUCUCAUGAUCCUGAUAUGUGCAAUGGCUACUUAUGGAGCAUAUAAGCAACGUGCUGCCUGGAUUGUCCCGUUCUUCUGUUACCAGAUCUUCGACUUUGCCCUGAAUGCCUUGGUUGCAGUCACUGUGCUUGUCAUCCAAACUCCAUUCAGGAGUACAUACGGCAGCUGCCUCCUAAUUUUCCCUACAAAGAUGAUAUCAUGUCCGUGAAUCCUACCUGUUUGGUCCUUAUUAUUCUUCUGUUCAUUAGCAUUAUCUUGACUU